AUGCUGCUUCUUGAAACCCCUACCCCGCAAUCAUUCGAAGAUAUACUCGACCUCAUUGAUGUGCCCCAAACCAUACUUAACACCGACCAAUCCAGACAGGUAAUAUCAGUGUGCAAAAAAUACUUGGCAGAAAUCGUUCCCGAGUUGUCCACCACCACUCCGGACAUUAUGGGACCAAUGUCGGCAUCCCUUUGCAUAGCCACAGUGAUGAACAAAAACAGGUUCGACUUGAAAUUCCGCGUUGACGAUACUUUCUCAGAAGUGGCACAGCUAGUAUACUGGUUUGUCCAUACCAUGUUGACUCCCGAACACAUACCACGUAUGGAGGGUCCGAUCCUAUACAUUUGUGACUUGCUCAAAAAGCUUUCAUUUAUGAGUACAAUCGUGCUUUGUGACGAAGAAUCACUCACCAAAUUCGAAAUAUCCGCCAUCCACAUCUUAUUUGAAGAGCUGGACCCAGAGUUCUUGCUCAAGCACGCUACAGCAACAUUCCUUGCCGACCUCUACCACCUGAGCUAUAUCCAAAGAAAGUUUUUGCUAAAUGAGUUGACAACAAACUUCCUCAGAUUGCCCACCAAAAAGUCCGAAGCUAGAAAUUAUAGAACCCACAGGGGGUUUAACAUCCUGGUGUUUACUGCUGUCGCCGUCAAAUUCGCUCGAGAAGAGUCAGAUGCAAAUGUGCUUGCCCGGGAAUUGGUUCUGCGAGUAACCUCCAACUUCGACGCUACCGCCAAGACCUUACUUGAAUUGCUAGUUGAAGAUUUGAUCCACCUCCUACCAUUUGGCGAAUGGGCAGCUUCGGCGGCAUUGCUUUAUGGGCUUGCUACUACCAUGUUGGCAGAAAUGAAAAACCCGGCCGUGGAAGUCUUUUUCUUGGAACUUUUGGGAACCAUAUCCUCAAGCGUGCACGAAGUUAAACACCUGUUCCAUCCAAAUUUCCUAAAACCAGCCUUUGAAGAGUGUUUGGAGUACGGAUCUGACACUGACCUUAACUACGUGACACAUGCCGUGUAUGAUAAACACCCUCGAUCCCGCAAACGAUAUAUCGAGCUCUUGGUGCUUGAUUUGGAUAAAUUCUGCAACGCAUACUUGACUUUGCUAGGCAAGUGUUUGAACUCCCCCAAAACAAAACUCAAAACCAAAGCAGUAAAAGUGUUGAGUGUGUUGUCCGACAAACAGCCAAACUUACUAAAUUCCAAGGUCUUGCAGCUGGCAUUGUCGGCCAGACUCUGUGACGAUGCCACCCUGGUCAGGGACGCAGUAUACGAGCUUAUUGGCAAAUACAUCAAAGCCCACCCAAACGAAGCCGACAAUUUCUACAACUCACUAUGCAACGCCCUAUCCGAUGAAGGGGUUUCGGUCAGAAAAAAGGCAAUCAGACUCACCAGAGACAUCUACCCCAUGUUCAGCGAAACUUCACGCAUCUCCAUUGCCACCAAAAUGUUGAAACGACUUAACGACGAAGAAGAUAAUAUAAGAAAAGAAGCAGCAUCAAUGUUGGUCGACUGCUGGAUAAGAAAACAUUUGGUGCUGGAAAUGAUUACCCUUGCAAUGUCUCACCACAAAACUUUGGAGGGUUUGGAAACGUUCCUUGAAUCGUAUGUGUUUCCCGAAAAAGAAUUGCAGCCCCACCUAAAACAGCUUGUGGAAACACUUUUGGAUAUGCAGACUGAAGGUGCCCUAUUGCUUCUCUCAGUGUGCAGCAGUGGCAAACCCGACCUAAUAGGCCAAGACCUGCUCAUAGCCUUGCAGCCAUUCUUGACUGACGCCAAUAACGUCACCCAAAAGUCCUACCAAUACGGACUAAAAGUAUUGAGGUGUGCCUUGCCUCACAUCACUUCCUUACGUCCUGACUUUAUCGACCCACUCCAAGAAUUCUUAUUUGCCAAACUCACCAAAAUGACUAAAAAAGAACUACACGAGGCCGUACCAAGUUUAUGGCAACUAUGCAAAAUCAAACAGGAUUUCGCCAAACUCGUCAAUGCCGUCAUCUCCACCAUGAAAAUGAUUUGGAAGAAUACCGAGCCCCACCGGCUCGCCAAACUAAUCCAGCUCUUGGCAUGUUUGGAAAAACAUUGUGAUUUAGAAAGGUUCCGUGAAAUGUUUGCCAAAGCUAAUCUUGGCCUCAAAACGAACGAAUCGGUCGUGUCAUUGUCUGUCAAGUAUAUACUCACCUUCUGUGGCGACACGCCAGUCCGGUCCACCGCAGUCAAUAACCUCCUUAUAGUCUGCUCCAACUCCCCACGAAUUCUCAUGUCGCCACCAGUACUUUCAGUGUUUGACGAGGCAUUGGACUCGACCCCCGACGUCAUCAAGGGCCUACUCCAAACAAUGAUUGACUUUAUACAGGAAAGAGAUAAACAGUCAUCUGCAUCCUCUAGUUUAGAGGAUAUUGUUGACGACGCGUGCCCCGGUCUUGUCCAACGGUAUAUCGAGAAAAUUUUGGUACUAAGCCUUUCCGACAAGGGCAAGUUUGCGUACUUGCCAUUCCAAUUCGUACAGGUUGCUUUGGACUUGGGGUUUGCCAACCCAAAAAUUUGUAUAUCCACGGUAAUUGCUUUGGAAGCGUCGUCUCAGCCCCUCAUCCACUGCUCAGCAAUUGCCAUGCACCAAAAGUUGUUUGACAAGCAUGAGUCGUUAGUAGACUCGAGUUACCAGGAGAGUAUACGCAAGGCAUUCGAUGCAGGACUCACAUCCCCCAUCUUUUUCAACUCCAUCUACACCAUCAUUCACCGGUCAAAGACUUCGAGAUCAAAAUUCCUAACCGCUUUGGGGAGAGUAUUGGUUUUAGGGGAUAUCCAUUUCUUAUUGUUCUGUGUUGAGAGAACCGCUGCAAUCACUUUCAAGUACACUGACGACGUCUUGGUGGUGUUGAAACACUUGCAGGACGAAAUACGUACUGUCGAUGUGGCAGACCUCGACCAGCCCCAAGCAUUAUCUGUUUGUGCACUAAUCGAGUUGUAUCGCUACUUUACUACUGCUUACAAAAUAUCAGAGCAUCAAAUUAACAAUCCCGAUAUCGAUUCAAAACAAACUAUAAAAGUAAAAGCUAACCACAGUCUAGACUUGGGGUGGAUCACCGACAGUAUCGGUGGUGACUGCUUGGAUCGAUGCUUGGAGACUAUACGCGCAUUCAUUUAG